GCCAGAGCACGUGUGGCAGCAAGCCCUCUGUUAGCGGUUAACCAAACAUCUGGAUCUAAGGGCAGCCAGACGGCCCGGGGAGGCUCCCUGGCUGUUGUGUGUGGAGAGGCUGCAGAGGCCCCCAGGCCAGGGUGAGGGGCACCAUGGAACCCAGGUUUACCUCCAAGGACACCUACCUGAGCCACUUUAACCCCCAGGCCUACCUGGAGAAAUACUACACCUUUGGGGCCUGCCAUUCUGCCGAGAACCAGAUCCUUCAGCAUCUUCUCAAAAGCCUUUUCAAGAUCUUCUGUGUUGAUGGUGUGAAGGGGGACCUCCUCAUUGACAUUGGCUCCGGCCCCACCAUCUACCAGCUGCUGUCCGCCUGUGAGUCCUUCAAGGAGAUCAUUGCCACAGACUACACGGAUCAGAACCUGCUGGAGCUGCAGAAGUGGCUGAGGAAGGAGCCGGGGGCCUUCGACUGGUCCCCCGUGGUGGCCUAUGUGUGUGAGCUGGAAGGGAACAGGAUCAGGGGCCCCGAGAAGGAGGAAAAGCUGCGACAGGCAGUGACACGGGUGCUCAAGUGUGACGUGACGCAGAGCCGGCCCCUGGGUGCCGCGCUGCUGCCCCCCGCCGACUGUCUGCUCAGCACGCUGUGCCUGGACGCCGCCUGCCCAGACCUGCCCUCCUACCGUGAAGCCCUACACAAUCUGGGCGGCCUGCUCAAGCCAGGCGGCUUCCUGGUCAUCCUGGAUGCCCUGAAGAGCAGUUACUACAUGAUCGGGGAGCAGAGGUUCUCCAGCCUGUGCCUGGGCCGGGAGGCCAUCGAGGCCGCUGUGAGGGAGGCAGGCUUUGCCAUAGAACAAUUUGAGGUGAUCUCACAGAGCUACCCCUCCGGCAUGGCAGACAAUGAGGGCCUUUUCUCUUUGGUGGGGCGUAAGCUGGACACCUCUGGCAAUUAAAGCAGUUCCUCUCGCCUUG